AUGGCUAGUAGUUUUCCAUCCCGAACAGUUGUUCCAAGAAAUUUUAAACUAUUAGAAGAACUUGAAGCAGCUCAAAAAGGUCAACACGAAGGAUCGGUAUCAUGGGGUCUUGAAGCUAAUGAUGACAUGUCAUUAUCCCGGUGGGUUUGCAUGAUUAUUGGACCAUCACGUACGCCUUAUGAAAAUCGCAUUUAUACUUUAAAAGUUUAUUGUGGUGAUCAUUAUCCUGAAGAACCUCCAGUCUUUCGUUUUCAAACACGUAUAAACUUAACUGGUGUAGCUGCGAAUGGUUCAGUUGAAUCAAAAACAUUUCCAGGUCUUCGCAACUGGAACCGAGACAUGACUCUUCAUCAAGUAUUAAAUGAAAUACGAGCGAGUAUGUCAUCGAAAGAGAAUGCAAAAUUAUCUCAACCAUCGGAAGGAGCAGUUUAUCCAUCUUAG